CCCACACUGCGCAUGAGCGGGGGAAGGCGGCGGAAGGGCCCGUGAGGAGCCGGGAGCCGCCGCCGCCGGAGGAAGCGCCGCCGCCGCCGCCCUCAGUGUCCGCCCGAACCGGGAGGGGAGAGGCCCGCACAGCCCCCACCAUGAACAAGUUGAAAUCAUCACAGAAGGAUAAAGUGCGUCAGUUCAUGGUCUUCACACAAUCUAGUGAAAAGACAGCAGUGAGUUGUCUGUCUCAAAAUGACUGGAAGUUAGAUGUUGCAACAGACAACUUUUUCCAAAAUCCUGAACUUUAUAUACGAGAGAGUGUUAAAGGAUCACUGGACAGAAAGAAGUUAGAACAACUAUAUAACAGAUACAAAGAUCCUCAAGAUGAAAAUAAGAUUGGUAUAGAUGGAAUACAGCAGUUCUGUGAUGACCUAGCUCUUGACCCAGCCAGCAUCACCGUACUCAUCAUCGCGUGGAAAUUCCGGGCUGCAACACAGUGUGAAUUUUCAAAGCUGGAAUUCAUGGAUGGAAUGACUGAGCUGGGGUGUGACAGCAUAGAAAAACUGAAGGCCCAGAUUCCUAAAAUGGAACAAGAAUUAAAAGAGCCAGGAAGAUUUAAAGAUUUUUAUCAAUUUACUUUCAACUUUGCAAAGAACCCGGGACAGAAAGGUUUAGAUUUAGAAAUGGCCAUUGCCUACUGGAAUUUAGUACUUAAUGGAAGAUUUAAAUUUCUAGACUUGUGGAACAAAUUUUUGUUGGAACAUCAUAAAAGAUCAAUUCCUAAGGAUACCUGGAACCUUCUUCUAGACUUUAGUACAAUGAUAGCAGAUGACAUGUCUAACUAUGAUGAGGAAGGGGCAUGGCCAGUUCUUAUUGAUGACUUUGUGGAAUUUGCACGCCCUCAAAUUGCUGGGACAAAAAGUACAACAGUGUAGCACUAAAGGACCCUUCUAGAGUGUACAUAGUCUGUACAAUACCUGAAAUGGAAAAUUGCACAGUCAAUUUCUGCUGGCUGGACUGAACUGAAGAUCAAUCCUCACAAUAUGGCUGAGGGUUGAGACAAACCUUUAAGGAUACAUCUUGGACCAUAUCAUAUUUCAUUCUUCUACUGGUGGUUUGGGCUUUUCUUCUAGUCUGGACCACUCUUGCCCGUUAAAAUUCCAACACUGUGGAUUUCAUCAUGGAUUUAUUUUUUGUUGGUGGAUCACCCUAGUUUCAUCUCCCAUAAGUCCUAGAAGCUUUAUAAUUAUUUUGAGGUUUCUGAUUUCACAUAAAGCACAACGCUGGUCAUCAUCAGACAACUGUUGUAUGGCAUCUGAAUUAUACAGAUCAACAUCAAAACAAUUUUUAAAAGAAUCCUUAAAUACACACUUGGGGCUAGUUGCAAAGACUGUACUGAUAGCACUUCCUGCAAGAGUGAUAUAUUUAAGUGUACUGGGUCCGAGUUUUUUCUUUUCUGGAAAAGUGCAGGUGUCUGAGCUUGAGUCUCUGGUCACAGCAGUGACAGGAAUGACCCAGGAGCCCCAGGGCUGUUGAUUGGAGGUCGCUGGUGCCUGGCUGAGGUUUGCUGGUGGCUCAGCUGCUCUGGGGACACCUUGGGGACGACUCAACUUGAGCACUUCCCCCCGUGGGCCAUGGCAGAGCCCGCAGUGGGCCGAGCUGUGUCCUCACAGAAGCCAGCGUUCUCUAGGUUACUCUCUAAGAAAUCAGAUUUCAUUACAGUUUUGAAAUGCUUAUCUGUUUGUCAAAGAAAGGUUUUUCAUUUCUGUGGAAAUCAAACACUUGAAUAUACUGAAUUUGUGUCUUAACUGUUUGCUACACAAUACAGUAUUUUAAAUUGA